AUGCUGAACUUCAUGCUUGACUCCCUUGAACCUUUCACAGAUGUCAUCUCCAUUCUUCAAAGAUUUGAUCAUGACACAGCCGAUUUAGAAGGCUCUCCAACCAUGUUCUCCAUAAUAAUCUCCUUAGCUUCUUCCCCUCCUUCCCUUUUAGCCCUCCAAAUCAUGCCUCAAUUCUUCUCCUGUUUCUCUUGCGAUCAACUUCAUUAUGUCAACGUCCCCAUAGCCGAAGUUGCUACCAUCAUCUCGAAUAUGAAACGCGAUGGUUUUUAUUCACUCGUCUUCUUUCUUCUCGCUAACCAAGAACGCAUAGCCUUUGCAUUUAAGCGUCAUAGCCAACAACGUCGAUGGGACACAAGGCAACUUAAAUCGGAACCAUUAGAACCGAAGAAAGUAGGCGAAAUUGACUAUACUUCCUUUGUUUCAAUUGAUUUAGAGGAGUUUAGAUCGAGUGUCAUAACGUUAUGUGCUGGUCGAGCUUUGGUAACUAUUACGAAUUCCGAAAUCUCGUUCGAUGUUCCGUACAUAAAUCGAGAGAUUAUUCUUUCUAAAGAGAAAGGAGAAUGCAUAAUAGGAGGUUUUGAAGAAGGGGAAAAAGUAAUGUCUGAAAUCACUCUGUUUCCCAUAAAGUUGUUGAAUAGUUCAAGAUUGAAAAGGUUAUGGAUUUUCAAGACAAAUGAUUCGAGUGUUAUAAUACUGAUAUUAGAGUUCAUCGCCCUGUUCUUGGAUUUCAUCUUCAAAGAUAUGAAGGUGAUGAUAAUGGAUAUCAAAGGCGUAGGAAGUGCAAAGCUUUGUAACCAAAACAAAUGGGCAGAAGCAGAUGCAACGUUUCUGCAAAGACUAAGCUUAAACAAGAACAUGACUGAGAUAUCAUCUUCUUCUUCGCAUUGUUCAUCCCUUUUAGGGUUUGAAACAAACAGGAAUAAUGAGAUCUUUAAGUAUUCGAGGCAAAGGUUCUUGAGAAGCUACACGUUUAGCGUGGAGGAGAAAAAAACAAAGCGAUUUGGGAAGGCAAGGAAGUGGUUUAACUUGAAAUCAAGAACAAAAUCAACAAGUUCCAAUAAUGUUGGAAAGAGUUCAUACAAUGGCAUUUUGAACUUCAUGUUGUGCUGCACGAAUUGA